AUGGGGGAAUUUUCAAAAUCAAUUAAUAAUGGUAGUUCUUGGAUAAGUUUCUUAAAUGAAAUUAAACCUGAAGAUGAUGAAAAAUCAAUUCAAAAUCAAAAUAUAAUUGAUGAAAAUGAAAACUAUAAUUAUUAUUUAAAAAAUACAAAUAGUAAUCAUAGUAAUGGUUAUAGAGAUAUUAGAAAUAGUUUUAUUUUUAAAGAUUUCCCAGAUUCAACAAUAUUUAAUGAAGAAGAAAGAUGUACUAUAUUAAAGUCUAUUCAAGCUAAUCAAACCAAUACACCAACACUUGAAGGAAUAAAGAGUGCAGAGAAUAAUUAUGUUCGUAGACUAGCUUUAAAAAAGAAUAGAUUCAGUUUAGAUAAUCAAGAUUAUAAAGGUUCUUUAAAAUUAAAAAUGGCUUCUGAAGAAAUUGAUAAAUUAAUAUUUUCUUUAAAUACUCCAAGAGUUAAUAAUAGUGAUGAUAAUGAUAAUAAAAAUAAUAGUGAAAAUAAUGAAAAUAAUGAUAGUAUUUUAGAACUUCAAAAACCAACAAUAAAUUCAAUUUUGGAAGAGGAGGAGGAAGAAGAAGGAGGAGUAGAAUUAGAACCUAUAUUUAUCAAACCAAAUGAAAUUGAAACAAUUCCAAAGAAAAGUUUAUCAUUUAUGGAAGAUGAUUUUCUUAAAAAUCUUGAUUUAAUAAAUUGUAGAAUGUUAAUGAAUAAUACAUUUAAAGAGGAUAUAAAACAUGAUGAAGAUGAUUUAAAUAAUAAUAAUAAUAAUAAUAAUAAUAAUAAUAAUAAUAAUAAUAAUAAUAAUAAUGAGGAGAAAUUAGAUAAAAUCAUUGAAGAAGAAGAAGAGGUAGAAUUAGAGAAUGUUAAAGAAUUUGUAUUAAAUAAUCAAAAAGAGGAUAAAAAAGAAGAAACUGAAGAGUUUCUUGAAAUUAAAGAGACUUUUAUGAAAUUAGGAGAAAUAAUACCAGCAAAAAAUGAAAUAAAGAUGGAUCAUCUCAUUGAAUUAUCAAUAGAAUGUGAAAUGUUGGAAGAAUGUCCAAUAUGUUUAAAUGAAAUCGAUUCAAUAAAUGUAUUCAAAUUUAGUCCUUGUUCACAUAGAUAUUGUGUGGACUGUGUAAGAAAAUAUUUCACUGAUUUAAUUUUUAGACAAACUGAAAUCGUCUGUCCACAUCCGAAAUGUGAUAGUGUUGUCCAUGAUUUUAAAAUUAAAGAAGUAGUUGGAUUAACAAUAUUUAAAAAGUUUGAAAUGUAUAAACAUUUGAAAAAUUUAAAGAGUGAUAAUAUAAUAUAUUGUAGAAGUUGUCAAAAUCCAAUUCCAUAUAAAGCAGUAGUGGCUCUUAAUUGUAGCAUUAGUGCAAAUGGAGGUACAAGUAGUAGUAGUGGAAGUAGUGGUAUUAAUAGUAAUGAUGGAGCAACGGAUAAUAAAAAUGGUAGUAUUAAUGGAAUGAGUGUAGUUGUAUGCGAUUCAAAUGGAUGUGGUACAAAACAUUGUAUUGAAUGUUUAUCACUUGAACAUCCAGAUAGAACUUGUAAAGAGAAUCAAAAAAUUAUUCACGAUGCAUUAUCACCAGAGGAAUUGAAAACUUUGAAAUAUUUAGAAUUAAAUCAAAUUAAACAAUGUCCAAAAUGUGGUGUAUUAUGUUCAAAAGCUGAUGGUUGUGAAUACGUUAUGUGUUUAACUUGUAAUUAUCAAUUUUGUUUUUUAUGUUUAGAAGUACAUGAUCAUAAUCUUGCAAAUCAUGUUCAUGGUCCGAAAUAUCAAGAAGAGAUUAUUACAUCAGACAAUCUUUAUGGAAAUUAUUAUAAUAGAGGUUAUCAAAAUGGUAAUAAACAUAAGAAAUUGAAAAAGAUUUGUAAAAAUAUUUUAAUUGGUGCUGGAAUUGUAAUCGCAACUCCAAUUGCCGUAUCAGUAGUUGCUGUGGCUGCAAUACCUUAUGGGGUCUAUUAUCUCGCUAAAAAGAAUGAAGAAAGAAAAAAGAAAAAGAAAACUAAAAAAUUUGAGAGAUGGGCCAAUGGUGAAUAUAAAAGAAGAAAAGAAAUGGGUGUUGAUGUUAGUCCAUAUAUCGAAUUUGCUGCCAAUAACUAUGCUGUAAAUCACAAAGCAAAAUAA